AUGCAAAUCCUGAGACCGCAAAAUAGCACGACGACGGCUUCGAGUAAUGCGCAGAAGGGCAAGGCUAAGGUGAUUCAGGUUAACAGUCCAAUGGCAGGACCUGUGAACGGUAGUCGCCGAAAUGGUGACUCACCCUUACCGCAACUUCCAACACAGGACGAAAGGUUUCAACGCGUGAUACGUCUCCCCAGCGAACGGAUAGACACAUACGAAAUAAAACGACAACUGAACGAUUGUUUGGGGGAAGACGCGAGUAUCUAUUGGAAUGCCUUUAAAAGGCUCAUUUACUGCAAGAUUCGCCGUCAAGAUUUUGAACAGAUUGUGAGACCACUUCUUAACGAGCAUUUCGAGCUUCACAAUAUGAUGUUGUUUGCAAUUUUGAACAAUUGCAUUUAUGAAGAUCCACCACCACCACCGGACCAGCCUGUGAAUAAAAAAAAACGAGGUCGCGACGGAGAUGAUGAACAGCAAAUGAGAAAGAACGACGCGGCUCGGGAUCCCAAGAAACGAAAAAUGAAAGAGCUCAUCAUGUCUUUGCCCAGAGAGGACCGAGAAAGAAUAAAAGCGAACAAGGGUUCGAGUCGAGUUGAAAAUACACAAAGUGAUCAUCUAUAUUUGUCUUUGCCGCCGCCUGGCCCAGAAAGAUUACCGAUGUAUAGCUUCGAAGAACAACAGUUUAUAUCACAACCCGACCCGGAAAGAGUACCAACCUGCCACGAAAUGAAGGCAUUACCUGAUCACAAUACUUUAUUUGAAAUGAUCAGUCAGAUUGCGAACUCACACGGCAUCACCAAUGUCUCCAAAGAGUGCGCAGAUUUGCUUAAUUAUGGAUUGGAGUCUCACUUGAAGAACAUUAUUGGUAAUUGCCUGCAAAAAUCCCGAUCUGGUGGAUCACUUAAUGGUUCAUUGGGAAUUCGGAAUGGUGAGCAAAGAUAUAGUCGGGCAUCCUCAAAUCAACAGAAAAAAACGAUAACGGCACGGGAUCUGGCAUUUUCGUUCGAGAUAUUAUGA